CUGAGACCAUCGCAUGCUCUGCUAAUGACACGUUCAGCAGGCUACAGCGUUUUCGCAUCAGUGAGCUAGCUUAGCUUGCGAGCUACUUUUAUUCCGUCUCUUUACACAUCGGAGGGAGACCUGUCGAGACUCUCGUCGGAAAAGUCUUCACUGGAAACGCUUUAAGUAACGAGAAAACGAACUGGUCGAGGGAGGGAUUCUUUCUUUGAAAAUGCACGGAGGGAGUUUGACAGGAGUGAGAUUUAUACUUCAUUUUCCCCAAAGCAAGAUGGACUCUCUUUCGCUUGUCUGUCUUGUCAGACCCCAGAUCGACAUUUUGCACUGAGAUGCAAAGCUGAGCAUGGUUUGACUAGAGGUCACCAUCAUCGCAUGACACAGCCUGACUGACAGAUCCAUCUUCAUCUUUCAAAUACAGUAUUUCCAUAUUCUGUGAUUCAGGUCAGCAGCAGCAUGAAGGGUGGAGGAGGGCGGAAGGAGGCGUCGGUGGCAGAGGGCGAGGCGAGCAGCAAGCAGCGGCCCAAGCGCAAGUGCCUGCAGUGGCACCCGCUGCUGUCCAAGAAGAAGGCGCUGGACUUCUCCGAGGAGGAGGAGGACGACGAGGAGGAAGAGCUGGAGAAGGUGGCAGCAGUGUGCACAGAACGCAGAGCCCGCGAGCCCGAGUGCGGUGCGCUGGAAGACGAGGCGUCGGAGGAGGAUGCGGCAGAGCAGCGCGCCCGCCGCCCCAUGAACGCCUUCCUGCUCUUCUGCAAGCGGCACCGAUCACUCGUGCGCCAGGAGCACCCGCGGCUGGACAACCGCGGCGCCACCAAGAUCCUGGCCGACUGGUGGGCUGUGCUCGAGCCCGCCGAGAAGCAGAAGUACACCGAUAUGGCCAAGGAGUACAAGGACGCCUUCAUGAAGGCAAACCCAGGCUACAAGUGGUGUCCCGCCACCAGCAAGCCGGUGAAGAGUCCCGCUCACGCGGUGAGUAACGUCCGGAAGAAGGCCUGGUCUCUGCCCUCCAACCCCGCCAAGGAUGCCCCUGUUGCCAAAAAAGUGCCCAAAGCAGACUGCACCCCACGGCUCAACUUCGCCAUGGCAGAUCCAACUAAGAUGGGAGGCCUGAGCAUGCUACUACUAGCAGGAGAGCACGCCCUGACUGCCAGAGAGGUUCCCUCCUGUCCACCACAGCCUGCUGACAGGCAUCAGACCUCAGAGAGCAGGAGCCAAACAUCCCCCCUGACAGAGAUCUUGUCCAGUGGCUCUCAGGCCUCAUUUUCUGAGGGGAAGCAGUGUGGUCAGUCUGCUCUCUUCCAGCUUGCUGAGAUGUGUUUGGCCUCUGAGGCAGGGAAACGGGAAGCUCUCUCCUCCCAACCUGUGGUGGACUCCUCCUCUCUCUGCACCCAGCACAGCACUGCCAGCACCAUGCCAACCGCAUGCCGAGACGAGCCCGACCUUCCUCUUCCUGUCCCGUCUUCCUCGUGCUGCUCCUCCUCCUCCUCCUCCUCCUCCUCUUCCUCCUCCUCCCCCACCGAGGGUGGCGCCCCCACGCUCGCCCAGCCCGCGAUAAAGAAGAAGAGGAAGGUGGCGAAGGAGACGAAGCCCGAUAAGGGCCCCGGCUCGCCCCGGAGGCCCUGCAGGAAACGCCCGGCCCCUGCCUCUGACCUGGAAAGCCUGAUGUACACCAUCGAGGCUGUGGCCAAAGGGGCCUGGGGCCCGGAUGAGGCAUCCGAGAAGCGGGCACGAGAGCCAGGCACGGAUGGCGCAGCCCAGCGGCCUCCGGCCACCAAGAAGAAGAGCAAGCUCAAAGCCAAGAAACAGCUCAGGGUCAAGGACGACGCGCCAGAGGAGGAGGGGCCGGGGGGAGGGGAGGGCAGCAAGGAGGCGGGGACCGAAGCGGCUCCCCCCGUCCCCGAGACGGAGCCGAAGGUGGAGUGCAAGGAGGAGGUAGAGAUGAAGGUGGAGCCACCCAGCAAUGACGAGGACACAGCACAGCACAACUCCUCCCCCCAGCCAGCUGGAGCCGGAGAGGAAGCCGCAUCUCCGCAGCCAGUGAGCGCGGGCGAGGGGGAGCCAACGCAGACCGCCGGAGGGGAGGAGAGGGAGGCAGAGGGCAAGCUGCCUCGAGGCCGGCCCGAGGAGAGAGAGGCCGAGGCCAAGCCUGAAGCGUGCGGCUCCAGGAAGUCGGAGCGCAGCUGCAAGGGCGCGCUCUACAAGACUCUGGUGUCUGAAGGAAUGCUGACAUCACUGCGUGCCAACGUAGACCGAGGAAAGAGAGUGCGUGGCUCUGUGUCAGAGCAUGACGCCGCGUGGACGGAAGACAGCUGUAUUUUCAGCCAGCCAGCGGCUUGCAACCCCAAAAAGUUGAAGAAGUCCAAAUCUAAAGACGAGGCCGGGGCGCCUGGCAGUCUGGGAAAGCUGGAGGAGGAGUUUGAGGAGAAGUUUAAUAGCCUGCCCCAGUACAGCCCCUUAACCUUCGACAAGAAGAGCUCGGCGGUGACCAAGCGGAAGAGAGCCGGCUCAGCCAGUCUUCCCAUGGCUACCGCCGCCAGCAAGGGUCCAUCCACAUCUCAGAAAAAGACUUUUUUCCACAAGAUUGUUAGCAAGUACAAGCACAAAAAGGAAGAGGCCGGUACCUCGGACAAAGCCAUCGCUCCAGCCGAGGCAGCCGGCACGGAGGCAGGACCCGGGGCCAAGGCGGACACCGUCUGUACCUCCCUCUCCCCUGACGCCCGCAAGGUGGGCGACGUGCCCGUGGGCAGCCAGAAACGGAAAGCCAGGAAAAGUAAAAUCACCCACCUGGUGCGCACAGCCGACGGGCGACUGUCACCCGUGGAGGCCGACAAGGCGAAGGAGCUGACCCAGGAUCAGGAGGAAAAGCCAUUAACUCGAGAGCCUUUAUGCAACCAGGAGAGCUGCUACACGGAGGACAGCAGUGGCGACAUGGCCGGCGAUCUGCCGACGUUCUUCAGCCUCGCUGCCCUCGCCGAGGUCGCCGCCAUGGAGAACGUGCACAGAGGCCAGCGCACCUUGACCGUGCCCACUGACGGCCAGGUGAAGGACAUGGCACCUCAGACACCUGUGCUGAUCUCCUGCGCUGACCAGUGAAAGCUCAGCCUGGCUCAGCCCGGCCCCGCCCCGGCCCCGCCCCAGCCCCUGCUGCUCUGGGAAGGGACUUCUCACCUUUGGGCUUUUGCACUGGGGGGAGGGCAGAGAGGGAGGGAUGGAGAGAAAGAGAGAGAGAGAGAGCGACAUUGAGGAGAGAUGACGGAUACUCUGAGGAAGAGGAAGGUGCUUUUGGCUGUGUAGGGCAUCGGCGGCGAGGGAGCAGGCAGGGGUCCAGGCCACACACACACACACACACACACACACACACACACGCUGUCAUGCAGGAGAUGGCUGCUGCUUUCAUGGUUACAACCUACCAAAAAAGGGAACUAGGAAAAAGCUCUCUCUCCAUUUCUUUACUUUUUAUUUCAUAAUUGGCUCAAGUGUUCUGCAUGAACGCACUUGACACACUUCAGACACACACGCACGCACGCACGCGUGCUCUCUCUCUCUGUCAGAGGAAGAUCUUGUGGCUUCCUGCUCUCCUUCCUGCACAGAACCAAAUGGGGGCGUGCGUGUGUGCGUGCAUGGCUGCGCACGCAAAUGAGUGUGUGAGGUGUGUGUGUGUGUGUG